UGUGAAAUUAUCCUAAGAGUGGGAUUUGCUGCAACUCUAUUCAUGAGAGGGGAGGGCGUCGAUGAACCACAAAGUCAUCAUCUUCCUACCCCCAGUUGUUUUUCCUUAGAACCCGACCCACUCUGCUCAUAUCCACGUACUGCUAACCAUUGACAUUUGCAAUUAACUUAUGGCAGCUUCAGGGUUGCUUACGUUUCAUCUCCCUCGCCUCGCCCGUCAUUUUCCAUUCCCUCAUUCAUUUAAUCCUUCCGUUUCUUUUCAUAACCUUGUAUUUCGCCGAAAACUGCCACCUCGCCGCUCACUCAUACUCGGCCGCGAUUGCAUACUUAGGAGGUCGUUCGUUGCUGCCAGUUCAAGUUCUCAAGAUUGGAGAAAUAGUGUUGGGGCCGUCGACGAAAGAUAUGAUGUUAUAGUUAUAGGAGGAGGACAUGCGGGUUGUGAAGCUGCACUUGCAUCUGCUCGUUUAGGGGCUAAAACUCUUCUUCUGACACUCAAUAUCGAUCGAAUUGCUUGGCAGCCUUGCAAUCCAGCAGUAGGUGGGCCUGCAAAAUCUCAACUCGUGCACGAAGUAGAUGCACUCGGUGGUGAAAUUGGCAAGGUCGCCGACAGAUGUUAUCUACAGAAGCGUGUACUCAACGUCUCUAGAGGCCCUGCAGUACGGGCAUUGCGUGCUCAAACUGAUAAAAGGGAGUAUGCACUUCAAAUGAAAAGUAUUGUGGAAAGCACUCCGAAUCUUUCUAUUAGAGAGGCAAUGGUGACAGAUAUUUUAGUAGGAAAGAAUGACAACGUGGAAGGUGUUUGCACCUUCUUUGGAAUGAAUUUCUAUGCAUCCGCUGUUAUUCUCACUACAGGAACAUUCAUGAGUGGCAAAAUAUGGGUGGGUAGAACUUCCAUGCCUGCAGGAAGAGCUGGUGAAUCAGCUUCACAUGGACUCACUGAAAACUUACAACGUCUUGGAUUUGAAAUUGAUCGGUUGAAAACAGGAACCCCGGCCCGAGUGGACUGUCGAACUGUUGACUUUUCUGCACUGGAACCUCAACAUGGUGAUGACGAGGUCAAUUGGUUUAGUUUUGAUCCUGAUUUUCACAUAGAGAGAGAGCAAAUGUGCUGUUAUCUGACUCGCACUACGAAAAGUACACACGAACUUAUCAAGGAGAACCUGCAUGAAACUCCCACUUACGGAGGCUGGGUGGAAGCGAAAGGGCCUAGAUAUUGCCCAUCCAUUGAAGAUAAGAUUGUGAGGUUUCAAGACAAAGACUCUCAUCAGAUUUUUCUUGAGCCAGAGGGCCGUAACGUGCCUGAGCUCUAUGUGCAGGGAUUCUCUACUGGUUUGCCAGAACGACUACAGUUGCCACUUUUGAGAACUUUACCAGGCCUUGAGAACUGUUCGAUGCUUAGACCUGCAUAUGCAGUAGAGUAUGAUUUCUUGCCUGCUCAUCAAUGUAGCAGAUCUCUUAUGACCAAAAAAAUUGAUGGGCUUUUCUUCUCUGGUCAAAUAAAUGGAACCACAGGCUAUGAAGAAGCAGCUGCACAAGGAAUUAUAUCUGGUAUCAAUGGUGCCAGAUUUUCAGAUGGCAAGCCCCUCAUUGUUCUUGAGAGGGAAAGUAGUUACAUUGGGACCUUAAUCGAUGACCUCGUCACCAAGGACCUUCGUGAGCCUUAUCGUAUGUUGACAAGCCGCUCAGAACAUCGACUACUUCUUCGAUCUGACAAUGCGGAUAGCCGUCUCACACCUCUGGGCCGUGAAAUUGGGUUAAUAGAUGAUAGGCGCUGGAAACUAUACCAAGAGAAGCAGGCUAGAAUAUCAGAUGAGAAGAAGAGAUUGAAAACUGUUAGGAUAUCAGGAGGAGAGCUGGCUGCCGAUGUUUCUCUCCUGUCUGGUCAGCCUGUGAAGGACUGUUCGACAUUGGAGAGUCUUCUUAAGAAACCCCACAUAGGAUAUAACAUUUUUGAUAAGCAUGGUUUUGGGAAUACACUCUUAACCAAAUCAGAAAAGGAUUGUGUAGAGAUUGAUAUCAAAUAUGAGGGUUUCAUUCUACGGCAGCAAACACAACUCCAGCAGAUGGUUCAUCAACAACACAGAGUACUUCCUGAGGACUUGGAUUACUAUGCAAUGACAACAUUGUCUCUUGAAGCCCGCGAAAAAUUAUCUAAGGUGAGACCCCAAACUAUCGGUCAAGCAAGUAGAGUUGGCGGAGUAAGCCCUGCUGAUAUCACAGCUCUGCUCAUCAUCCUUGAAUCCAACAGAAGAAAAGCUCAGGAGAUGAAGCGGCAUAAAAUGCUUGGUUCCAUCAUUAGAGAAUCUACUGACACGGAAGAACGCCCUUCAGGAGUUCAUUUAACUGAGGCAAUCAGUUCUUGACAUGUCAUUGACGGGUCUAUUGCUAGAGAAUCUGUUGAUUCGGAGUUGAAUCGUCGUGCAUUCUUUAGUACAUGGCUUUCUAAUGAUGCAAUCCUCAAUCAGUCAAAGAAGUAAAAGCUAUUACUGGAGAUUGUGCAUCAUUCUGGGGUGACAAGCCAAGGGCCAAGGGCCAAGGCAUUGCCUUUUGGCAGCUGGGAUUUUCAGGGAAACUGAUAUACACAUACUCAUAGUUCGGGGGAAUUUUGUUGAUCCAUUGAAGCGUAGUCGGAGCUACUAUAAAAGUUAUUUCCUUCUUGAACAAUCGAUUGUACACAAUGCAUUUUCAAUGCUUUUGGUAAAUUAAUUUUGGUUUGUGUGCCCUACAGUAGAGGUUGUAAUGUAGAACUCUUGUAAGGUAUUACCAUGUGGAAUAGAGCGUAUUUAUAAGUCUAAUAUUGUGCUUCGAAAAGAA